UGUUCAAGAACCCCCGGGGGAGCGGGGGCCUCCUGCAGGCCGGCUGAGGGGGCUGGGUCUGGUCUGGCUCCAUAUUUCAGGCACAAGUCCAGGGACGAACACCGCAGCAGUGGGCUCGAUAAGGACGUUUUAAAAUGCAGCUUUUACUUUGAAAGGAUCUCAAAGUUUAAGAAGGGGGUCGAUUUUUCCCAGACAACCAUCAGAGUUCAGUUAUUGACGCCGUUAAAUCGAUAACUAGACGCACCGAUUUGGACACGUUUCUCUCCCUGAUUCUUGGAACCAGUCUGCUCCUGCUUCCCCAUCAACACGGCACCGGUACAGAUUUGGCUCGGAGGUUGUUUUUUUUUUCUUCUACAGAGACGUGAGGCGAGCGGGCGGGCGGACCUCAGCGUUUGGUCACUGGUUUAUUUCAGAGCCUGUGAUCCCCGCCGGUCGCUGCUGCGUCCUGACGUCAGGUUAUUAUAAGGAGGCGACGGAACCGGAGCGGCUGGGCAGACAGCGGGGCUGAAAGGGGAGAAAGGAGCGCAGAAACAGGCUGAAGGGGAGCCGGACCAUGCUGAUCUGAUUCUCCGCUGACAGGGGCCAUUCUGCACAGUCUGAGCUGAAGAGAGGCGCAGGUAUGGGGAAGGACUACUACAAGACCCUCGGGAUCCCCAAAAGUUCCAACGAGGAUGAGAUCAAGAAGGCCUACCGACGGAUGGCGCUGCGCUUCCAUCCGGACAAGAACACAGAUCCAAACGCGGAGGAGAAAUUCAAGGAAAUUGCAGAGGCCUAUGAGGUUCUCAGUGACCCCAAGAAGAGGGUCAUUUAUGACCAGCUGGGAGAGGAAGGUUUGAAGACAGGAGGCAGCAGCUCUUCUGGCGCUCCUGGCAGCUCGACGCACCACUACACUUUCCAUGGAGACCCCCACGCCACCUUUGCCUCUUUCUUCGGGGGCUCCAACCCUUUCGACAUGUUCUUUGGCUCCAGCCGCAGCCACAGCCGCUCCAACGGUUUCCCCUUCCACAACGAGCACAGCAACGGCGCAGAGCAGGACACAGAAAUGGAUGAGGAUGACCCCUUUGCUCAUUUUGAGAGACAGUUUGGCUUUCCUGGAGGAAUGAACAAUGGCUUUCCAGGCGAGGGUCGCAGGAGGAGGGGGCCAACCCCGUCAGAGCGCCUGGGGACCAACCGGAAGCACCAGGACGCGCCGGUGGUCCACGAGCUGAAGGUCUCACUGGAGGAGAUCUUCCACGGCUGCACCAAACGAAUGAAGAUCACUCGGCGCAGGCUAAAUCCAGACGGGAGGAGCAUGAGAACGGAGGACAAGAUCCUCAACAUUGUCAUCAAGAAGGGCUGGAAGGAGGGGACCAAGAUUACUUUCCCAAAGGAAGGGGACGAGACCCCAGAGAAUAUUCCUGCCGAUAUAGUGUUUGUGCUUAAAGACAAGGGGCAUGCCCACUUCAAAAGAGACGGUUCCAAUAUCAUUUAUAACUACAAGAUUACCCUAAAAGAGGCGCUGUGUGGCUGCACUGUCAGUAUUCCCACGCUGGAAAACCGCGUCAUCUCGCUGCCUUGCCACGACAUCAUCAAGCCAGGAACGUUGAAGCGGGUCAGGGGGGAAGGUUUGCCUUUCCCCAAGAACCCUUCGCAGCGCGGUGACCUCAUUGUGGAGUUUUCCGUCCGUUUUCCUGACAGGAUCCCCCCACAGUCCCGAGAGAUUAUCAGACAGCACCUCCCCCAGUCGUAGGAGGACCCCUCUGAGCCCUCCACCGGCAAAUAAAACUACCCAUCAUACAACCUCAUCUACUCCUCCCAUAUAUGGUUGUUACGGUUUUAAUGUCCUGUGUUGAUGCACUCAACAUCUUAGAAGGACAGACAAAGACUGACAGGAUCAGGAUUUAAUUUAGCUUUGUAUGUGCUGUCUUUUGGUCCAACCACACACACACACACACACGCACGCACACACACACACACACACACACGAGUCCCCAGACAGUGAAGCGGUGCUGAGGCUGGGCUGUGCACAACUGUGGCUUCUAUCCAAACUUCUUUUCUGAACUGUUUUUUUUACAAAUUUAUCAAUGGUUUUAUAAGCUCUCCUCCUCUCCAAUCCUUGUCUUUUUGUGAAAAGGAUGAAGUUUGAGAUAUUUUUUAAAAGAAAUGUUUAAUCAGGAUUUUAUUAUUAUUAUUUUUUUGUUAUUCUUACCUCAAGUGUACCAGCAGCUUGGGUGUUUUCAGUACAUAGUCUAGUUUUAACAUAACUCCACCUUGACUUGGACUCCAGGCUCAAGAAACAGAUUUUAAAUCUGUAGACUUGUUAGUGUGGUCGACCUUCCUCAAACUAAUAGACACCUGCUAGGGAAAAAUUUCACAUGAAGUUCCACAUUGCACUGCAGUUUAGACUUGGCAUGGGCCGGUUUCUGGUCUCAAGGUAUUCCAAGGUUUUAAAAUGUUAAAAUGUUUCAAAACCCCCAAACCUUUCCUUCAUUCUGAUUCUACUGUUUAAUGUCAUUCUAUAGAGGUAUAUGAGAAAAUACUGGCAUUAAGAGCAACUUUUUCUUGCUGUUUGAAGCACAGAAUAAAACAGAGUUGCUGUUCCCUCGUUUGUUGCUGCGCACUGCCAGUCAGCUGCUUGAAGGUAUGCGACUACCGUUUUACAUUGUUUAAAAGAAAACACAGAAUGUCAUUAUAUGAAAACUCAAAGGGCGACAUUUAUUAUUGCUAUUAAGCUCUUAGACUGUUUUAAAACUGCAUCUGGUAAACGUCAGCAUGUCGCAAUCAACUGCUUGCCCAAAGAAUCAGCAGUGGAAUCAGGAUUGUGACAUCUAGAGCAGGAGCCCCCUUCUCCAACACUCCUGGAUCAAAUAACUGAAUGAUCUCUUCUGCAUAUCAUCAAGUUCCAGAGGCCUAAUAAUGAGACAUUCAUUUGAUUCAGGUGCGUUGAAUCAGGGAUUCGUCUAUAAGUUUUAGUACUUUGGCUCUUGAUGACUCACAGUUGUUUUUGGUCCAACUGGACUUUUUUCCUGUUUUUAUUCCAACAUAGUCUGUUUUUCUACAGAAUUGAAGAGAACAGCAACUCAGAUAGCAGCCAUAACAACAUCACUUUAUAUCACACCGUAAGCUGAACAGAUGCUUCAUUCAUGUCAGCAUGCUGGAUGCUUGAAAAUGAAAGAGAAACUCAUUACAGGACCUACUUUCCGAGUAAUUUUGUUAAAUAUUUUCUGACCAUCACAUUUUAUUCCAACAUAGUCUGUUAAUGCUUAAAUAUAAGAAUAGAUGGUGACAUUAUAACAUACUCAGAACACUGUGAUUCCACAUCGUUGAUCCCAAAACACACGCAAUACCCAGAAUGGGAAAUCAUUUUUACACAAAUACCCUUCAUUUCAUCAUGUUUAUAUUCACAUAAUUCACUUUUCAAUAUGAAUCAGCAUGAGAGCAACUAUAGUUCUUUCUCCUUUUAGGAAAAAUAUGUUACCUUUAGCCUGCAUGUCACUUGUUUUUGUCAUGGCUGUGCAACCAGCUUGUGAAAAAUUUCCAGCUCAGAGAAAUUAUCCCAAAACAUCUCAUGCAGAUAAACCAUCAACUCCUGUUUAAGAAGCAGAAAAACAAAGGGCGCUAUUUUUCAAAAUAAGCACAGUUACUUAAAGAAACUACAACACUUGUCAGAUAUUUAUUCUACAUUUUGUUUAAUUUUAUGUAAGACGACCAAUUUACCAAUAAAUAAAUGAAAUAAAUAACUUUUCCUAUAAUCAUCAUUAUGUAAUGGCAUUUCAGAUGCAAUGGGGCUAACGUUUUUUUUUGUUGUUUGUUUGUUUUUUCUGAUUCAAGUCAAAACUAUUAGAUUACGUCAUGCAUUUUGGGCUUAAGCUUUUCUGGUAAUUACCAUUUGGCUCACAUUUGUCAUACCAUGAGGAUUACGUACCAGCCCAUGCCUCGUUGACAUUAGCCCAUCUUGGUUGAAUUAAAAAGACAAUCACAACCUGCAACUGCAGCGGGAGCUUUGAUAACAAUCUGCUUGCAACAAAGGGUGCUUUCCUUCAUGCUGAGCUGCUCACCACCGAUUAGCUGGCUCACUUUCUAAGGGACAUAAAGGUGCCUUAGCCCAGUGUCACACCAAUAACACAGGCCACACUGUAAUAAAUACAAAAAGCCAUGAGUCCACAACAGAUGAUGCCCUAUGCUGUGUUAGACUUUACCAUCUGGAGGUGGAAAAACUGUAAGUAAGCAAUGUAAAGUUUAUAAAGUACUGUAAGUGAGCCAAAAUGUUUUUAGGGAGCAAUUUGAUACGAGACUGAGGAUUUUUGUAAGUAAUUUAAAGCAAAGUGCCAAACAAGUAGAGGUGGGAUUUUCCCCGAGGGACUAAAUAGCGGUUACUCUGACAGCCCCCUGCUUUGUUGUGUAUUAUAUCUUUGUUCUCUUGUGGCUUUUGAGGGCCAUGUCUUGGUGCUAAAGUGAGCAGUGCCACCAAUAAACCACACAGCUUUGUGAUUUGAUAAGGCUUCUGUGUUUUAUAUGUGUACAGCUAGUAGGACAUCCUGUUUAGGAACCUGGCCUUGGAGCAGAUUACCUUUUUCUCAACAGCAGGGGGCGCUGAAACCCGUUGAGCUCCUCAUCAUUUUGUAUUUUACAUCAGUGAUGUAAAGACACAGAGAUGUUUAUAUGAGCAUGAGUUAUGCAGGAUGUUGGUCUUACAUAUAUACAUAUUUAAAAAAUGUUUUCUUCCUGGGAUGUUUAAAUGCAUUAAAAAUGCACUUUUAUAUUGUAAAAAUAUUGUGGAAACAAUUCGAGGAUGGGAGAGACGUGAAUGUCUGAUUGUGCGAUUGUUUGUACUGCCUCUUAAACCCUCAGAGGACACUCAAGUGUGGCUGCAACAAGAGAGUACAUGCACUGCUGCUGAAAGACUCGCCGUCACUGCUUGUCUGCAUUUGACAAUACUUAUUUAUUAACUUUUAAAUAAACCAAAUGUGUGAAAUUAA